AUGUCGACUAUGAAGACGGAGAAGAUUCUCGAAACCUCCAUCGAAACAGUUCCUCCACCGGACAAUGAAACGAUACCAGAGAAAUAUCCAUCACCCCUCUCCGUGAACCUCGAGCGUGGCGAACUUUCGAAGGAUGGAGCUUCAGUAUACGAGCAGAAAUUGGCAGUCUUGAACAACGCGAUGCAGAGCAUUGGUUUUGGGAAGUAUCAUCGUCGCCUCUUCAUUGUUGCCGGGUUCGGAUGGUUUAUCGAUAGCGCAACACUGCUACUCGCCGGUCUUCUCAUCCCUCCUCUCCUUGAAGAAUUCCAUGUUAACGGAGCCUACUUUGUGAUCACGAUCUUUACUGGGCUCCUUGUUGGUUCACUCGUAUGGGGCGUCAUCGCGGAUAUGUAUGGGAGAGUAUGGCCAUUUAAUCUGACUCUGCUGAUCUCGGGGGUGUUCAGUCUCGCUGCGGGAGGCGCGAACAACUUUACUACUUUGGCCGUUUUGGUGGGAAUGGUGGGGUUUGGAACCGGAGGCAAUGUUCCGAUUGAUUCUGCAAUUUUUAUGGAGUUCAUGCCUUCCUCUCACUCACAUCUCACGACCGCGUUACAGACCUUCUGGGUACUGGGCAACAUCGCCAUUACUCUCGUCGCGUGGCCUCUCAUUGGAAAUUAUUCUUGUGAUUCUAAUGAUUCCGGCGAAUGUCGCAAGGCAGAUAAUAUGGGCUGGCGAUAUCUGAUGUUCACUAUCGGUGGGACUACACUGUGCCUUGGACUCCUCAGGAUGUGCGUCUUUCGCAUGCAUGAAAGCCCGCGGUACUUGCUUGGUCGAGGACGAGAGGGACAAGCCGUCGAUAUCGUCAACCGGAUUGCAACCUUCAAUAGGGUACCCAUCCCCCUUUCCCUACACGGUCUGGAGGCAAUGGAACAGGACGGUCAUCAGAAGUCGCACGCGGAACCGAAACCAGGCAUACUAAGCCAGGAAGCGAAGCUUGCUUUGCGACGAGUCAAGACCUUGUUCAUGCCAUUCCGGAUGGGCGUGUCUUCAGUUCUUCUGAUCUUACUGUGGACCAUGGUCGGUCUUGCAACCACUCUCUACAUCAAUUUUCUUCCCUAUCUCUUGGCCACCCGCGGUGACGCUUUCGGGGAUGCUUCAAUUUCCGUCGUAUAUCGGAAUCAAGUCCUCAUCGCCUUAUGUGGCAUCUUCUCGCCGUACGUCGCGAGCAAAGCUGCUGAAACCAAACUAUUGGGAAGAAGAGGAACCAUGGCCAUUACAUGCAUCGCGUCAGGCGUGUUAUUACUUGGAAGCACCACUUCCCGAAGCUCGAAUGCAUUGCUUGGUUGGAAUUGCGGGUUCUCGCUGUGGAACCAUGCAAUGUAUGGUCUUCUGAUCAGCUUCACCUCAGAGGUCUUCCCAACAAGUAGCAGGGGUACUGGCAUGGCAAUCGUCUCUACAGUUCUCCGCAUAUCUGGAGUUCUGUCACCUCUAAUUGCCCUUAAAGUGGAUGCGAAAACGCCUACGCCAGCGUAUAUCGGAGGUGGUCUAUUAGUUGUCGCCGGUAUUAUUCCGCUGCUUGUACCGUACGAGCCCAGAGGUCGACAGUCUCGCUAG